GCGCGAGAGAGAGAGGGAGGAAGAGAGGGAGGGGGGCAGGGGGAUAGAGAUGGGCACUGGCUGCUAUAGGUAGCAGAUGAAAGACAGAAAUCUAACAGACAGUAUGGCACUGCCAUGUGGACCAGUCACGCUCCUAUAAAAUGUAAAUAUUUUAGAAUAGAUGCGUUUUUUGGCAUGCGUAUUUUUGGCACCAUGCGUAACGCGUAACAUGGAACCAACUGUUUACCGCAAUUUAACCAAUAUGAAUAGGAUAUGUGGUUCAGUUUCUCUAGUUAUCCUAGGGCGAAGGGUGUCAUGUACCACAGCAGAGUAGAUGUACCAUUUGACUUCUAUAUUCCGCUCUGACCGGUUGACGGCGAAGUCGGACGAAGACUCUCAAACUGCGCUUCACAGAAGCCGGUGAAGUUUUUACUAGAAGUUUUCACUGCGGACUAAUUUACACCGAAACUAACGAGCUGCACUGAAAAGAAAGUGACUCUGCCAUGCGCCCCAACUAUGAAGAUGACUUGCUGCUAUCUUUCAACACGAAUUCAAGAUAACGCUUUGACAUUGGACGAUCCGCUUCUAGUCAUUUCCGAUGGAUUUGGAUUUGUUUUGCAAAAUGAGAACCGCCCAACUGCUCCCAACGAGGGCAACACUUAUCCUUUUGUUUUCUGUCACAGUCUUCUGUCAUGAAAAGACACAUUCACACGCUGAGGAUGAACUCUUCAAGACACUGUUUGCUGGUUACAACAAGUGGUCCAGGCCUGUGCCAAACAUCUCAGAUGUGGUCAUUGUCAAAUUUGGGCUAUCUAUUGCUCAGCUCAUUGAUGUGGAUGAAAAGAACCAAAUGAUGACCACAAAUGUGUGGCUUAAGCAGGAGUGGAACGACUAUAAACUUCGUUGGAGACCAUCUGACUAUGACAAUGUGACAUCUAUAAGAGUGCCAUCAGAACUGAUCUGGGUGCCGGAUAUAGUUCUCUACAACAAUGCUGAUGGGGAGUUUGCUGUGACCCAUAUGACCAAAGCUCAUCUCUUCUACACGGGCAAAGUGCGCUGGGUUCCUCCUGCCAUCUACAAGAGCUCCUGCAGCAUCGAUGUCACGUUUUUCCCUUUCGAUCAGCAGAACUGUAAAAUGAAGUUUGGCUCCUGGACCUACGACAAAGCCAAGAUCGACCUGGAGAAGAUUGAAAACACGGUGGACCUUAACAACUACUGGGAGAGUGGAGAGUGGGCAAUCAUUAAUGCUGUUGGGACGUACAAUACAAAGAAAUAUGACUGCUGCCAUGAGAUUUACCCUGAUAUCACCUAUUUCUUUAUCAUCCGGAGACUUCCACUAUUUUACACAAUCAACCUCAUCAUCCCAUGUCUAUUGAUAUCCUGCCUGACAGUGCUCGUUUUCUAUCUCCCAUCAGAUUGUGGUGAAAAGAUUACCCUAUGCAUAUCAGUCCUGCUGUCUCUCACUGUCUUCCUGCUACUUAUCACAGAAAUAAUCCCUUCCACAUCGUUAGUCAUACCACUUAUAGGCGAAUACCUCCUUUUCACUAUGAUUUUUGUCACCUUGUCCAUAGUAAUAACAGUGUUUGUACUCAACGUGCAUCAUCGCUCGCCAAGCACCCACAAGAUGCCCCGAUGGGUCCACUCUGUGUUUUUGGACCUGAUCCCACGCUGGCUGUUCAUGCGAAGGCCUGCUCCAGAUGGCAGGAGGCGCAGGUUACUACUUCUCCAGCAGGAGGCAGCGGCAGAGAGAAGGCAAUGUAGGAUAUAUGGGUACAAGUCGGGCAAUUGUCUGAGCACAUCUGCAAACUGGCUGAGGAAUGAUUCAAAAGAGGAAAGAAGUUCCUAUGAAGAUUUAGAGUUGGGGACAUUGACGUCGUAUUUCUCUUUUAGACCACCUUCACCAAGGCCAAUAGGGUCAACACCGCCAACACAACACACAAAUUUACAAAAAAGGCAGGACACAGCUGGAGGGGGGAAUAAACAGGUGGUUAAUACUCGAGUAAAUGCGACACAGAGAACAAAGGCGGACAAUGCCGUAUCAAACUCCACUGAUACAGCACUGACAUUAUCUCCAAGUGUCAUUAGGGCAUUAGAGGGAGUGCACUACAUCGCAGACCACUUGAGAGCGGAGGAUGCAGACUUCAGUGUCAAAGAGGACUGGAAGUAUGUCGCCAUGGUGAUUGACCGCAUAUUCUUGUGGAUGUUCAUUAUCGUCUGUCUGCUCGGAACAAUCGGCCUCUUCCUGCCCCCGUGGCUCGCUGGCAUGAUCUAGGAUGAAGUAUUCUAACUGGACUCCAAUUUAAGAGUGUAGAUGUGUGUUUUCUUGGGCCAAAUUUUCAAGUUAUAUUUGUCAGAGGUAAUAUUUCUUUGAAUAGAUGUGUAGAAGGAAGCAAAGCUUCGACUAGUGCUUAAAUAGCCAUGCUGUCAUGAAUGGCAUGAGUGGAGCUCGUGUGGGCUCCUGGGGAAAGACACUAUUGUCCAAGUCAGGCUGAGUCAGAGUCACAACAUGAACUACUAGUGUGUAGGGACUGCUAAACUAUAAAAAUGAAGUUAAUUCAAAUCUAUAUUUUAUUUUCUCUACCUUGGCAUGUGUGUAGAGUUUAUUUCUAUGUAUUAUUUUUAAUGAAGUAAAUCUGUAGUAAAUGCUAUUCUGCACUGAAGUAGGCUUACUGUCUUUCAGGAGUAUAUGCAAGGAGUGAGUUACCAUUUGUUCAUCACCCAGUUAAUUAAUCUAAAACAAAAGAGAAACAAAUCAUACAUUGUGCACUGCCCCCAUCUGUUGUAUGAGAUAUUUUAAUAGAGUGACAAUAUAAUUACUAAAUACUCUUUCAAGUUUGGCAGUGAAAUUAAAAAGUGUCAAUUUACUGUAAGUUUAAAAAAAACAAAUACUUGCAGUUUUCAUCCAAAAUGUUUACAUAAAUGCAUCCAAUGCAAACUUGAAUGGCAGGAGAUUAAAAAACUACUUAUUUCCUUUAUCAACGACUUCAGUCUUUCAUUGAGUCAGUCUUGGAGAAGGGCACGGGCCAAGGACAAAACUAUUACAUUUUGGAUUGGGUCCAUGAAGUGACAUGAAGUGAAGCAUCUGAUCGGUCUGCACCUAUGGGUUUUCUUUAAGCCGUGCUUUACGUGACAUGAGACAUUUUACGACCAAAAGGAAUUCAUCAGCAAAAUAAUGCAUUAAGGAAAUGACUGCCUGAGUGUGAAGGACAAAAGAUUAUACAGCACAAGUUUGUCAUAUUUAAAUACUAUGUAACUUUUCUGAUGGAGGGUCCUCUACCUGCUUGUCUACAUGAAGCUAUUAUUGGUAUGUUAUGCUUUGCUGGAAUGUUCCACUAUAUGGCAUUAAACCUAUCUAUCUUACAUUUAUUCC